GGGCACUUUUAUCUCGUAGCCAUUCAACUCACCUUUGACGCUCUAAGUUGCCAUCGACCAUGACGAGAUAUAGGAGAACAAAGACACAUAGAGGUAUCCGCGAUAUAAAGCGGGCAAAGAGAACCCGAGCACGUACAAAGGAUUUGGACCAAAUUCAUGAAGACAUGAAAACACCGGAGAAGUUUGAGCAACAGGCUGUGGAUGCUGAUUUGCCCGGGUUAGGACAGCACUAUUGCAUACAGUGUAGCCGCUAUUUCACUGAUGCAGGUGCACUGUCAGACCAUUAUAAGACAAAGCUGCAUAAAAAGAGGCUGAAGGUUUUAAAAGAAUCCCCCUAUACCCAAAAAGAGGCCGAGGCAGCAGCUGGUCUCUUUACGGACAACGGCAAAGGUAGGGUCUCGGGUGUGGACGAUGCAACUGCCACUGGCCUUAUGGACACCUGAGACCCACCCUGAGACAUUCUCAGUAGGACUUCAGUUUAGUUAAUUCUUUUUGCGUAGUAUCCCCGUUUUACUCUUGUAAAUAUUGAUGUUGGCAUCCACAUAUUUAUGACAUACAAAUGAAAAAGCAAAAACCUGGGUAAAAUCCUCUUCUGUGA